CAAUGUUCCAUUAAAACCAAAGAAAUACUGGCUCGCAUUGUAUCAAUGAAGAGUGCGGUAAACUAGCUAAGCUAAUCGAAUCUGGACAGAUAAACUGCGCAAGAAGGAAUUAAGCAGACCGUGUCGGUAACGUAACAUCAUGGCCGGUGCUGAUGUGAGAGACAUCUUGGAGCUGGCAGGAGGAGACGAUGCUGGACCCAUCAGUAAAAAAGACAUCAUCAAUUCGGACAAGAAAAAAGCGAAGAAAGCGACAGAGACGCUAACAUUCAAAAGGCCAGAGGGCAUGCACAGAGAGGUUUAUGCUCUCCUCUAUUCAGACAAAAAUAGGGACGCUCCACCGCUGCUGCCCAGUGACACUACACAGGGCUACCGCACUGUGAAAGCCAAGCUGGGAUGCAAGAAGGUACGGCCCUGGAAAUGGAUGCCCUUCGCCAACCCAGCCAGGCGGGACGGAGCCAUAUUCCACCACUGGAGACGAGUGGCAGAAGAGGGCAAGGACUAUCCCUUUGCCCGCUUCAACAAGGCAGUACAGGUGCCCGUGUACUCUGAGCAAGAAUAUCAGAUGUAUCUCCAUGACGACGGCUGGACUAAGACAGAGACGGAUCACCUGUUCGACCUGUGUAAACGCUUCGACCUGCGCUUCAUUGUCAUCCAUGACCGCUAUGACCAUCAACAGUACAGGAAACGCUCUGUGGAGGACCUGAAGGAGCGCUACUAUACCAUCUGUGGUAAGCUGACUAAAGUACGCGCUGCAACGGGGACAGAGCCCAAGAUCUACAUUUUCGAUGCGGGACAUGAGCGGCGAAGGAAAGAGCAGCUGGAGAGACUUUUUAACCGUACCCCAGAGCAGGUGGCAGAAGAAGAGUAUCUUGUCCAGGAGCUGCGGAAGAUCGAGACGAGGAAGAAGGAGCGCGAGAAGAAGGCCCAGGACUUGCAGAAGCUCAUCACCGCGGCCGACACCAACACAGAGAUGCGCCGUGCCGAGCGCAAAGCCACCAAGAAGAAGCUACCGCAGAAACGCGAGACAGAGAAACCGGCUGUUCCUGAAACAGCUGGCAUCAAGUUCCCAGACUUCAAAUCAGCUGGAGUCACGCUUCGUAGCCAGAGGAUGAAGCUCCCUAGCUCUGUUGGUCAGAAGAAAAUCAAAGCCAUUGAGCAGAUUCUCACAGAACAGGGCGUUGAUCUGAACCCGAUGCCCACGGAGGAGAUAGUGCAGAUGUUCAACGAGCUGCGCAGCGACCUGGUGCUGCUGUACGAGCUCAAGCAGGCGCACAGCAACUGCGAGUACGAGCAGCAGAUGCUGCGCCACCGCUACGAGGCGCUGCUCAAGGCGGGCGGGGCCGCCCCUCCGCAGGGCGAGGGCCUGGGGGUCGAGAGUCAGAACUGGCCGUCCGCGGAUGACAUCAAGACGGAGGCCAAGGAGCAGAUCAUCGACGUGGUGGGGGCCCCACUCACUCCGAACUCGCGGAAACGACGGGAAUCAGCCUCCAGUUCCUCGUCCAUCAAGAAGGUGAAGAAGCCCUGAUGUGGACAGUGUGGUUUAAUCAGAUGGACAUAUUGCACUGAGGGGGGGGGG